AUGGAAAUACCAAACUAUGAUAGUGUUGAUGACCCGGAUAAAAAAUAUAAACAAUUAUUUCCUUACAUGCCAUCAGACACAUUUCGGAUGUUAAUUUGUGGAAACAGUGGAAGUGGUAAAACUAAUCUUUUGUAUCAUAUGUUAAUUAAACCACUGUUGUACUAUGAUGAGAUUUAUCGUUAUGCACGUAAUCUAGAACAGGAUAAGUAUCAAAACUUAAUUAAAAAAAUGAGGGAGUUGAGUAGUAAAUUGGGAUAUGAAAUACUUCAUGUUAGUAAUGAUGAAAAAACUCCAGUGUCAGAAAUGGAUUACGAAGACAAUCAAAAACUUGUGAUAUUUGAUGAUUACGUCUGUGAUAAAAACCAAAGACAACUUAUUGAUUAUUUCAUCCAAGGACGGCAUAAGAAUUGCUCUGUAAUAUACCUCAGUCAGUCGUUUACAAAACUCCAAAGGAUAUUCGGCUGA